AUGGUUCUUUGCUCAUCUUCAACGUCCUUAUCACCCUUGUGUCUUUUAAAGGUCUGCAAAAAUGUUAAUGUUCGAUACCUUGAGCAAGUCCACGCCAAAAUCAUUCGCCAGGGCUCCGAACAAGACCAUUUCCUGGUAGCACAAUUCAUCUCUGUCUGUACCUCCGUCUCUCCUAAUCACCUCACUUACGUCUCAACCAUUUUUGACCGCCUUCUUCAACCCAAUAUUUAUCUUUGGAACACUCUCAUUAAAUGCCACUGCACACACUCGUCCCUGGCCACGUCCAUCAAUUUUUUUCGGCGCAUGAAACAAAAUUGUUAUGUUGCUGCGGACAAAUACACAUUCCCUUCGUUGGUCAAAGCUUGUUCUGGUGCUUUGGCGUUGAGGGAAGGACAGGUUAUUCACGGGUUGAUAGUUAAGUAUGGUACAGAAGGUGAUGUGUUUGUGGGGUCUAGUUUGAUUGAUCUGUAUGGGAAAUGUGGUGAGAUGAUAGAUGCUCGCAAGGUGUUUGAUGGAAUGCCUGUGAGAAACGAGGUUACUUGGACUAGUAUGAUAGUUGGGUAUUCAACAAAUGGGAAUUCUUUGGAGGCCAAAAAGCUGUUCGAUGAAAUGCCCCAAAGGAAUCAUGCCUCGUGGAAUGCCAUGAUAAAUGGGUUUGCAAAGUCGGGUGAUCUGGCAAGCGCGAGGAUUUUGUUUGAUGAAAUGCCUGAAAAGAAUUUGGUGUCAUUCACGACUAUGAUUGAUGGGUAUGCAAAGUCAGGGGAUAUGGCAUCAGCGAGAUGUUUGUUUGAUGAAUCACCUGGUGAGAAAGAUAUUGUUUGUUGGUCUGCAAUGAUAGCUGGGUAUGCCCAGAACGGUCAAGCUAAAGAAGCUAGAAAAUUAUUCAUUGACAUGUGUUGUAAGAAUGUUAAGCCUGAUGAGUAUGUGAUGGUGAGCCUAAUUUCAGCAUGUUCACAAGCGGGUGAUUGGGAGUUUGCUGAGUGGGUUGACAUGUAUAUGAGUGAAAAUAAAAUUGAGGUUACCCAAAAUCACGUGGCUGCAGCGCUGGUGAACAUGCAUGCAAAGUGUGGGAAUUUGGAGAGGGCAGAGGCCUUGUUUGGAAACAUGCCUAAACGGGACUUAUUUUCUUACUGUUCUAUGAUCCAGGGAUUCUCUGUUCAUGGGGACGGGGUUAAAGCGGUUGCCCUUUUCCGCAGGAUGCUACAAGGAGGAGGGCUGAUUCCAGAUGACGUGGCCUUCACUGUCAUCUUGACUGCUUGUAGUCACGCUGAUCUUGUUGAAGAAGGCUGCCACUUUUUUCAUUCUAUGGUCAAUGAAUACGCUCUCUCUCCUUCACCUGAUCACUACGCAUGUAUAGUCAAUCUUCUUGCUCGUGCCGGAAAGUUAAGAGAGGCAUAUGAUAUUCUUAAAGAAAUGCCGGUGCCACCUCAACCCGCCGCUUGGGGUGCUCUUCUUUUUGCUUGUAGAACACAUGGUGACGUGUCAUUGGGUAAAGAGGUUGCAGCUCAGCUUUUCAAGAAUGAACCUCAAAAUGCUGCUAAUUAUGUGUUGCUAUCCGACAUGUAUGCAGCUUCAGAUCAGUGGUCUGAUGUUGACCAUGUAAGGAACCAAAUGAGCCAGAAGGGAAUCAGAAAACUUCCUGGCUGUAGUUGGAUACAACAACACUACCAAUAG